AUGACUGUCAAUCCAGAAGAGUUUGAUGACAUCUUCUCACUCAUCUGUCAAGAUUCACUCGAACAUUUUGUACUUUUCGACUCGUGGGAAGUGGAUGUGACGGAAGUGUUUGCUGUGAUCAUCGUGUACUGCAAUGCGACGAUGGAGGAGAAAGUUCCAUUUCUAUUUGAUCUCUUCGAUUUCGACCACUCCAAGAUGAUAUCACAGGAUGAAUUGGUUCUACUGAUGCUUUGCACGACUAGAGGGCUUUGUAAAGUGGUCGGUAAGCCCAGACCAGCUACAGACAGUCUUGAAGCCCUUGCUACUGACGCUUUCUCACGCAUUGAUCGGGAUCAGAAUGGGAAAAUUUCACUUGACGAACUUACUGAGUGGAUAGUACACGAGCGAACAGUGAUGACUUAUCUUGCAAAAUUCGCGAAUACUCGAGUAAUUUACGAGAACCAAGAGCACGCUACUGCCCCGCAGCUGGGAAACACGAGAUCGAUUUUUUACUGCAGACGAUGA